UGGGCUGCCAGCAGCCUGCUCCCUGCUUCUGCCCAUAGUCAGGCAUGGCAGCGGCAGGUGUCUGAGACAGGGGCAUUAGCCCAGGAGGGAGGGGGCGGGGGGCAAGAGGAUCAGGCCUAGACAGGUCGAGGGAAAUUUAAGUCAAUAAAUAAAUAACUUUAAAAAAGGCUGGGGGAAAAUCCCUGGAAGGAAAAUUCCCCGGGAAAUUGCUAUUCGAUGGAGUGUGCAGCUGAGCUGGGCUUGUGGGAAGAAGAUCGAGCAGCCUGGAUUGAUUUUAACUGUUUGCUUAAUAACUCACCAGGUGAAGAAGAGAAACUUAUUUGAGCCCAUGGGCUCAAGUCAUUAGAUCUAUUUGGGGAGGAAAAUAGCUUUAUAUUUGAAUGAGAAGGUAACAGCAUCAGAUACCGGGCAGGAGUUAAAGUCGGGGGGCAAUGGCUCUGAUCAGCUUGUUGGAAUUGGCUGAUCUCUCCAUAGGGACGCCGGAGAUCGGGGUGGUCAAUUUUAAUGCCCUCCACACUUUGCUCCAUGCCAUCAUUAAACAACUCAACCUGCAGGAUGUCAAAGCCGAGAUGCAUGAGGAGAAACCCAAGCCCCUGGAACCUGUGCCUCUGCAGGAGAAAGAGGAGAAGGGCAAGCGCGAUGAGUCAGAAGACUUGCCCUAUGCUGACUUAGAGAAGAAGGUCAUUGGGGUAGCGGCUCAGGUGCAUGGCGUGGAGGCCAAGGUGGUUGGGAUGGCGGCUCAAGUGCAUGGAGUGGAGGCUCAGGUACAUGGGGUGAAGUCUGAGGUCCAUGGAAUAGGGGAACAGGUUCAAGGUCUUGAGAAGCAAAUGGCUGCCCUAGAAAAAUUGCCUUCUGGAACAGACUUGCUGGAGAGGACCAAGAGUGGCUCUCCGAAUGGAUCUGCUGUGGCUGACAUGUGGCAAAUGAUGCAGAUGAAGAAAAAGAUAGAAGCUAAUGAGAAUGGCAUCUCCAAGGCCAUGGCUCUGUUCCAGGAUCUGCUGAAUGAGGUCAAUGGCGUGAAGACGGCUAAUUUCCAUAUGAACGAGGGCCUUGAAAACAUCAAGGAGAAACUUGACUUGAAUUUACAACUAGAUACCCAGGAAAUUGGCAAUCUACUGCAGACUUGCAUCGCUGAUCAGAAGAACUUGGAUAAUGAUGUGAGGAACCUAGAGCGAAGGCUAAAUCUCUAUCCUUCCCCCGAAGAAAUGUAUAACAUGGUGCGCUGGGAAGUUCUGGAGGACUGCCUUGUGACAGGCAAAGGCAAGAGCCCACCCACUGAAGCCCAGUCUGUGGAGCCCAGCCUAAGCCAGCCCUCUCCAGCUUCAGUUAUGGACACCCAAGCCAGAAAACCCUCUGCAACCUGGGCAGGGGCUCCAGGGAGCCAGUCUGGCUCUCCCAGCAGCAGACCUGGUACUCCAGGGGUGCAGGCCGGGACCAGGGCAGGCAUGCCAGCGGUCCAGCCAGCAGCCCGGGCAGGCACUCUAGGAACCAGGACAGGCACACCAGAAGCCCAAGCAAUCACUCCAGCAGCUCAGCCAGGGGCCCAGCCAGGCUCCCCCAGGACCCAGCCAGGGGCCCAGCCAGGCUUCCCCGGGGCCCAGCCAGGAGCCCAGGCAGGCUUCCCAGGGGCCCAGCCAGGCUUCCGCGGGGCCCAGCCAGGCUCCCAAGGGGUCCAGCCAGGGGCCCAGCCAGGCUUCCCCGGGGCCCAGCCGGGAGCCCAGCCAGGCUUCCCAGGGGCCCAGCCAGGCUUCCCAGUGGCCCAGCCAGGAGCCCAGCCAGGCUUCCCUGGGGCCCAGCCAGGCUUCCCAGGGGCACAGGCAGGCUCCGCCGGGGCCCAGGCAGUUGCUCCAGGAUUCCAGCCGAGCUUCCCUGGCACCUGGCCCAGUUCCCCAGCGACCCAGGUGGGGCUUCCUGGAGUCUGGCCUGGAGCUCCAGGGACCCAGGCAGGCUACCUUGGGACCCCAGCAGACACUUCAGCAUUCCAGCCCACAUCACCUACAGCAGGUGCCCCGGCUCUAGCAGCCCAGCUCGCAAUUCCACCUGGACCUUACUCUGCCGUUACAUCCCCGGCGUCACCUUUACAAGAGAAGGACAAACGCCUACCCUCAUCCACGCCGCGAGAGUCCUCUGGGUCCAGCAGCGCCUCCAGCCGCUACUCGGAUACUGUGGAAGCGCUGCGCCAGAUCGGGCAGCUGACCGACCUCUACACCACCUUGCAGGAGCAGAUAAACCACCUGGAGCAAUUCAAGUGUAGCCACGCCGACCUCGACAAGCUGCGACAAUUCCUCUCGGAUGCAGUCCCUAAGAACCUCUCCAGCAUGCCUGCUGACCUCAUGGAGCAGCUGUCAUCCCUGAAGGCCACGGCAGAAGACAUGAAAGAUGUAAAGGCCAAGGUAAGGAAGCUGCAGAAUGUCCUUGAAGCAGAAGUGGCAACAGAAGCAGAUCAGAAAGUCAAGGGAUCCAGUCAGAUUAACCUGCAGUUAGGUUACCUCAGAUCGACAGUGCACGACAUAGAGAAAGAGCUGCAGGAGCUGAGGGAGCAGCAGGAUCACGGCAAAGCCAAGCUGGAGCAGUCGGUGACUGACACAGCCCUCUACCUGCAGGAACAGUUAGACAAGCUUAGAUCUAUCAUAGAGAACAUGAUGGCCUCCUCCUCCACCUUGCUAUCCAUGAGCAUGCCCACUAGCCCGGAGCCUGGGGAGGCAGCGCCGCAUGGCACAUGCCCGGCCUGCAGCCUAGACGUCAGCGAGCAGGUUAGCCAGUUGUUCAAACGCUACGAACAGCUGCAGGAUUUAAUUAGCAGCUUCAUGACGAGGCACGCGGAAAGCAAGCCAGCAAAGAGGCCGCAGCUGAGGAGCCAGGACGAAGAGCUGCUGAGUCGCAUCCAAAACACCAUCCUCCAGGUGCAAGGAGACUGUGAGAAUCUCAAUGCCACCACAGGGAACCUCGUAGAAGACCAUCGGCAGAAGCAGAAAGAUAUCUCUCUUCUCUUCCAGUCACUGGAGAAGUUGGAAAAGGAGAAAGCAGACAAGGAGCAUCUGGAGACAGAAAUUGACGUGAAAGCAGACAAGAUCGCCCUGGCUGGCAAAGUCAGCCGCACCCAGUUUGAUGCCACCACGGAGCAGCUGAAUAAGAUGGUGCAGGAUCUGGUGAACAAGAUGAGCGGGCAGGAGCAGGACUGGCACAAAGUGCUCGACAAAAUCUUGGUGGAGAUGGACUCCAAGCUGGACCGCCUGGAAUUAGAUCCCUUCAGACAGCAGCUGGAAGAGCGUUGGAAAGCCAUCCGGAAACAGCUGAAGGAGAGCUCUCCGCAGUACGAAGCGGACGAUGCUGCUGGAAUUAGGAAAAGACUGAUGGCUCAUUUCCACUGCAUUUCCUGCGACAGGCCUCUGGAAAUGGUGGUGCCCGGCCCGACCAUCAUGACCGUCCCCUCCGUGCCGGGGUUACCAUCCCACCGCUCCAUCCGGCCCUACACCGUUUACGAACUGGAGCAAGUCAGGCAGCACACCCGCAGUCUGAAGUUAGGGCUUAGGCCCUUCCCUCGCUUGGAUGCGCUCCAGCUGGAGAAGAGCGCGGGCCUUGGCAAGCUGCGCAGCAUCCACUCCAAGAUGCUCAUGGACAUAGAGAAGGUGCAGAUCCACUUUGGGGGCUCGGCGAAGGCCAGCAGUCAGAUGAUCAGGGAGAUAAUGCAGUCGCAGUGUCUCAGCCCAAGCCAGUAUAACAAACGUGACAAGAUGGCGGAGAUGGCGGAAUACGGUUACCUGUCCAUGCCUCGGCGCUGCGGCGGCAGCCACACCCUCACCUACCCCUACAGGCGCUACACACGGCUGCAGCAAAUCGCCCAAUGUAUGCCGGUGCAUCCCGAGGAGACUGCCAUGCUGACAGUGAUGAAGCAUGAAGAGGUGGAUAUCCUGGGCCUGGAUGGACACAUCUACAAAGGGCGGAUGGACACUCGGCUCCCAUCAAUUUCAGCCAAGGAUGGUCCUUUGAAGUCCAAACCCAAGCUCUCCCGGUCUUCAUCACAACGGCAGCCGACCCUGAUGGACACAGCUGGCCUCCCGGCACGCCCGCACAGCGCCAAACUGUCUUCCCCCAGCAAUUCAGGUACAGCUAGGUCGCUAAAGGACAGGCCCGUGUCAUCGGAGGGUCGACUGUCCCGGGUGGACCUGACCCAUCUAUCAACUUCAACACCUCCCCCUGAGGAGGGAAGAGAAGAUUCUCCCACGCAGGAGAAAGAAACCCUAGAGCUUCAGCUGGACCUUUCCAUGCGCCGGCGAUCGGCUGAGCAGCCGGCUCCGUUACAGUGACUGCGAUGGCAGGAAAGCAGCGCUCGCUGACGGAAGCCAGGCAAUAAAGAGUGAGCAGAA